AUGCCUCGCGAAAACCACAACCUCGGUAAGAAUGACCCCAUGAACCACGGUAACAGACGAGGCCGUCAAGACAGUGACUCGGAAGAUGAAGAGCGCGAGAGGACCACGACGACUACAACCACAACUGCCUUGGCAUCGCCUCCGGUAUCCCUCCCGCAGCUCAUGUUUCAUUCAUCAGGAGCAGGUUCCAGCAACCCCCCGCUUCCGGCGCCAGAGAGACCCAUGGACUUGUCACACGUCCAAUCCAUUCUUCGAGACGUACUUGAGAUGCUAGAGAACGACGACUUUUCGGACCUGGAUGGAUCUUCCUCUUCUUCUCGUGGUGGAGGAGGAGGCACCGUGCCAAGGAACGACCACUCUGAUGAGUUUGAGGCCCAGUAA